CGCUGUGCUGCUGUUGCGGUGUGCGCAGCCUCUCCAACAAGCUCCACGGUGCCCUGCUCCUGCACAAGCUCUCUCUCAUCGAUUUAAAACGCGCAUGACAAAUUUUAAAUGGCUGUUUCUUUGCUGUUAAACACAGAGACCUGAACUGUGCACGAGAGAGCGGAGACUAAAAUUUCACACGCGACGCCCGCGGAUGGACGGACGUUAAACUGCGGCUUGGGAACAGGGACAAACCGUGAUUGUUGUGAGGUGCAUUCCUUCAGUAGUGUAAUCUGGUCUGAAGUAGUGGAUAUACUGUGAGAGGCCGUCCCCAGCCACAGGCACAAACAUAUAUAUAUAUCACCACAGGUACCAGGAGUGGCAAUGGGGCCUAGGCAGGCCUCAUUUCUAGUUCAGCCUGUGCUGGCUGUAUUUGUGCUCAUUAUUAGUGUGUGCUGUCUAAACCCUGAUGACCCCAACGUCUGCAGCCACUGGGAGAGCUAUGCAGUUACUGUGCAGGAGUCGUACGCACAUCCUUUCGACCAGAUCUACUACACCAGAUGCACAGACAUCCUCAAUUGGUUCAAGUGCACCAGACACAGGAUCAGCUACAAAACAGCAUACCGGAGAGGGGUGCGGACUAUGUACCGCCGCCGCUCCCAGUGCUGCCCGGGCUACUUUGAGAGUGGAGACUUGUGUGUCCCUCUGUGUACUGAAGAGUGCGCUCAUGGUCGCUGUGUGUCCCCUGAUACGUGUCAGUGUGAGCCAGGCUGGGGAGGACUAGACUGCUCCAGUGGCUGUGAGAGUGGCUACUGGGGACCUCAUUGCAGUAAUCGCUGCCAGUGUCAGAACGGAGCCCUGUGUAACCCCAUCACUGGGGCCUGUGUCUGCACCGAUGGCUACCAGGGCUGGCGAUGUGAGGACCCCUGUGAGCCUGGCUACUAUGGCAAGGGUUGCCAGCUGCAGUGCCAAUGUCUUAACGGUGCCACCUGUCACCAUGGGACAGGAGAGUGCAUCUGUGCCCCAGGGUAUAUGGGUGCUGUCUGCGGUGUGCGCUGUCCCUCCGGCAGUCACGGGACCCAGUGUGAGCAGCGCUGCCCCUGCCAGAAUGGUGGAACCUGCCACCACAUCACUGGAGAGUGCUCAUGUCCGGCUGGCUGGACCGGGUCUGUGUGUGCCCAGCCCUGCCACUUAGGCAAAUUUGGAAUCAACUGCAGCAAGGACUGCUCGUGCCGUAAUGGGGGACUGUGUGACCACAUCACUGGCCAGUGCCAAUGUAUAGCAGGCUACACUGGCCGCAGGUGCCAGGAGGAGUGUCCUGUCGGUACAUACGGCCAGCAGUGUGGCCUCCAUUGUGACUGUCAGAAUGGGGCCAAGUGUAACCACAUCAACGGCGCUUGUCUGUGUGACACCGGCUUUAAAGGACCGCACUGCCAAGAGAGAUUCUGCCCCCCAGGGUUGUACGGGCUUAUAUGUGACAAAUACUGCCCUUGUAAUUCUACAAAUACUUUGAGCUGUCAUCCUCUGACAGGGGAAUGCUCCUGUACAGCCGGGUGGACUGGUCUAUACUGCAAUGAAAUGUGUCCUCCGGGUUACUACGGUGAGGGCUGCAGCCUGAAGUGCCAAUGUGCUAAUGGAGCAGACUGUCAUGGGGUCACUGGGGCCUGCAUCUGUGCUCCUGGCUUCAUUGGAGAUGACUGCUCCCAGACAUGUCCUCCUGGAUUUUAUGGAACUAACUGCUCAUCUGCCUGUCGCUGCCAUAAUCAAGCCUUCUGUUCUCCCAUUGAUGGCUCCUGCAUAUGCAAAGAGGGCUGGCAGGGUGUAGACUGCUCCAUCUUGUGCUCCAGUGGAACAUGGGGUCUCAGCUGUAACCAGACCUGUAUGUGCUUGAACAGGGCCGCCUGUGACCCCAUCGAUGGCUCUUGCUCUUGCGCACCAGGCUGGAUGGGAAAGUACUGCCAGCUCCCUUGUGUUGAUGGCACCUAUGGGCUGGAUUGUCGGGAGCACUGUGACUGUAAUCAUGCCAACGGAUGUGAUCCCGUCAGUGGAUACUGCCUCUGUUUGGCAGGAUGGACUGGUAUCCACUGUGACAAUGUCUGCCCACAGGGCUUCUGGGGGCCAAACUGCUCCAUGACCUGCUCAUGUCAGAAUGGAGGCUCAUGCUCCCCUGAGGAUGGCACCUGUGUGUGCGCUCCGGGCUACCGCGGCACAUCCUGCAAAAGAAUCUGUUCUCCUGGGUUCUACGGGCAUCGCUGCAGUCAGACAUGCCCCCAGUGUGUGCACAGCACAGGCCCAUGCCAUCAUGUUACAGGCCAGUGUGAAUGCCUGUCCGGAUUUUUUGGCCCACUGUGCAAUGAAGUGUGUCCCAGUGGCAAGUAUGGGAAAGCUUGUGCUGAAGUGUGUCUCUGCAUGAACAACGGCACGUGCAACCCUAUUGACGGCUCCUGCCAGUGCCUCCCCGGCUGGAUUGGAGACGACUGCUCACAGGCAUGUCCUAUAGGGCAGUGGGGUCCUGACUGCCUCAACUCAUGCAACUGUCACAACGGAGCCCAGUGUAGUGCCUAUGAUGGGGAGUGCAGGUGCAGCCCUGGCUGGACGGGUCUUUACUGCACACAGCGCUGCCCAUCAGGGUUCUAUGGGCAUGACUGUGCUGAGGUGUGCCGCUGUCAGAAUGGUGCAGAUUGUGAGCACAUCACAGGCCAGUGUACCUGUCGCACAGGCUUCAUUGGUAGCAGCUGCGAGCAAAAAUGCCCUCCUGGGACUUUCGGCUAUGGCUGUCAGCAGCUGUGUGAGUGCAUGAACAAUGCCACCUGUGACUAUGUGACUGGAACCUGUUAUUGCAGUCCUGGAUACAAAGGAAUUCGUUGUGACCAGGUGGCCCUGAUGAUGGAGGAGUUAAACCCCUACACUAAGAUCAGUCCAGCCCUGAGCUCUGAGCGCCAGUCAGCUGGCGCCGUCAUGGGCAUCAUCUUCUUACUCCUCAUCAUCAUGGCCAUGCUUAGCCUGUUUGUGUGGUACAGACAGAGGCAGAGGGAAAAGGGUCAGGACAUGCCGAGUGUAUCCUACACACCAGCGCUGCACAUCACCAACACUGACUACUCACUCUCUGACACUUCUCAGAGUAGCAGUGGUCAGUGUUUCUCCAACCCCAGCUACCACACUGUGGCCCAGUGCAACAUUCCCUCCUCCAACACUAACAAUCUGGAUGGCACUCUAACUCUGAAGAAAGGGGAUAGGAGCAACUCAGAAUGGAGAGCGUACUGCAAUCUAAAUGACCUUGGUGUGUCACGAGAGGAUACACUGAUACUGCAAGACAACAAAACAACUCAAGUUGCUAAAGACUACAUCAAGCCAUCCAUGUGCAGCUCCAGUUCAUGCUCUCUGAACAGUGAGAAUCCAUAUGCUACCAUCCGGGACCCACCAGGUCUGACCUGCAAGCACACUGAGAGCAGCUAUGUGGAGAUGAAGUCUCCUGCACACAGGGACCUGGCCUUCUGCACCAGCACUAACACUACCACCCGCACCUCUGCAAGCAGGAACAUCUAUGACAUGGAACCCACAGUGAGUGUCCUACAGGGACCCAAUGGCCUGGCAACUGGUUUCUCCCAGAACCCUUAUGACCUUCCUAGGAACAGCCACAUCCCGAGCCACUACGACAUCCUGCCCAUGCGCCACAGCCCCACACACACCCCACCGCCCCCCGAGAGUCCUCCCAGCUCCCUGCUGUAGAACCCAGACCUGAGCCUACCUCUAUACUACAGCAAGCACCACCUGCAUCUGCAGGACCUCCUCCUAAUCUUUUUAUCUCAUCAAACCUUACUAUCUCUUUCCCACAUACACACAGAGAUGCAUGACAAGAUCGCUAAAAAUGCUAUAAAAUUUUGCUGAAUUGCUAUGUGUCUACGUGUGUGUGUAGGACAACAGAUGGCUAAGAAAGGACUGUACAGAGAACUGUAAAGAUAUUAGCAACUACUCACUUCUAUCUUCUCUUCAUUUGGUUCUCUUGAGGAUAAAAGGAUUUAAUUAAGAAGGCCGGACUAAGAAGAAAUAAAACACAAAUCUUGCAUUCUGUAUCUAAUUGUGUAUAUUGCAGCAGGCAACCGGACUAUCAAGGCACUAUUGUGUUUCCAUACAAAUGAGCUGACUUCAAUCGUAGAAGGAACAUAGUCUCAGUGUUAGCUUAAGCAAGGGGGCAAGCUGACCCAAUCACCUGUCCCCUGAUGCAAUCAGGGACUGACCCUGACCAUCUAAAAAAAAAAAAAAAAGUCGAUGGAUACCGUCACCUCCAGGUGACGUGUCACUGCUAACCUUGACUAUUUAAAGAGGACUGAAAAGAAGUGAGAAAGCAUGGCUUAAUAGUAAAUGAUUAAAUAGAAGGACCAUUUAGUUUUUACUGUAUAAAGACAGUUACCAAAAUACGUUUUUGAGAACCAUCAGUUUUUUCUUCAGAACACUACAAAUACGAGUAUAAUUCUUUAAACAUUUCAUAAAGUAUUUUAAAAUCUGCUGAGGUGGUGCACAUCUCUUUAUAAAAGAUUUAUGAGAAAAACAGCAGCUUGGUAUAUACACUGUAUAAUGUCCUAAAUUCCACUAGUCUAUAUUAAACUGCUGUUUCAUCCAAAAACAUCUAUGGAUGGUUAUAUAUCAAGUUUGCAGGUGUGAUGUCAUGUGAAUGUGUAUUCAAGAAUGUAUAAUAUUAUGGGUUUUUUUUUGUUUUGUUUUUUAGUAAAUAUUAUAUAUAUAUAUUCUUUGUUAUUUCUGUUCAUAUUCUUGAAUCUCAAAUGGGUGGCUUUUAAGAGAACUUUUGUUUUUGUGUUUAUUUCUAAAUUAUUUGACAAAGUAGCAGUUUUGUUUUCCAUAAAGGUGUAAAGUUUAAAUAGAAAACUAUAGCAUGAGCAAAUUAUAUCAAAUGCUUAAUUCAUUUCUUGUGACUGUACCACUCCUGCACACUCGUGAUACAGAAUGUAAGUUAUCGUUUGUGUCUAAGUAGAUGCAUUACAGUGGGCAGUGAUCACCUCCAUAUCGUUCGGAGACAUUUCCUGAAUCUUGUUUCAUAUGAAGUUGAGUUUGGUAAUUCCCGAUUGCUUGUUUUGUUUUGUGCAAUGCUCUCGAUGUGGCUCCAUUCCCUUCACUAAAGCAAUAACCUGCAGACAAUCACAGCGACAAAAGUGCAGUUUAUCCAGCCAUACACAGCAAGUUGGUGUGCUUUAACCCUGUUUGUGAAACAAUACUGAUUUGAUCUUUGUGUCAUUUCAUGCAAAAUAAAGCUUACAGAGAAUAGGUUUAAUUUAACAGUAGAACUCACAUCCAUGACAAGCCGUAGGUGACUUACUUUCUCUUCGUCUGAGGGAUUUAACCACUGAUUAUUUUUCAUGAUUAGGGAUAUUAAAUAAAUGUCUAAUGAUUUAACCGAAACAUUGAUUAGGAAAGAUGACAAAGGCACUUGUUACAAAACAAAUUCAUGUAACAUAUUUCAAAGCAUCACAAAACAUUCAUCACAAAUUUCCUAAAUUACUCACUUAACCGUAAUUUUAUUUUUCACUUCAAAAUUCAAAUUACAGUGGAUAGAGUAAUAGUAUAAUGAUAAAAAAAAAAAAAAUCACAGUACAGCACAGACAAAACAAAUGUUUUUGAGGCAAUAUGUGAAAGAGAACUGACAGAACAUCGAUUUCAGAUCAACAUAAGACACACCAGCUAUGUGCAGUGCUUAGGCUGGGCAUAGCUGUGCCAUCUGUACCCAUACAUCAUUGGCACUGCCCUUUAGCCAUCUACCAGUCAGUUACAUAAUUAGUUUCAGGGUCCCAAGGGCCAGUUUGGAAGAAGGCCCAAAUACCAUAUAGUCACAGAAUGCAUAGAGAAAGACGUAGUGCCCAACUUGACAGGUGUACAGUUUUCUUUGCAACUAUUCUGAUUGAGACCAUCAUACUGUGAUGUACUUGUUAACAGCUGUCAAGCGGUACAAACCUACACACUCCUUAUUAGAAUUUUACAUUAUUUUACCUGCUGUUACAAGGGGGUUUCCCCCACCUUAACCCAAAGUGGUCUCAGAGUGUGUAGCUUUAAGGAGAAUUCGUUUAACAUUUAAGUGCAACAGAGAGGGUGUAAUGAUUUAAGGAUAUACCGGAAUAAAUCAUGCAUAUUGUCCUCACUAUCAUUUCUAUUGUACAUACACUACAAUUCCUUAGGCAGCCAUGGUGCAAAAAUGAUUUGCAGUUUAUGAUGUUCCCCACAUCUGCUGUAUCAUAGGAAUGCUUGCUUUUACAAUCACAACAUGAUUAUACUGGGCUACAAUACAUUAUACAUUCUUAAUUUAAUUUUGAUAAACAUAGUACUGUCCUAAAAUUCCAGAAGUCUUACAUAAUAGGCACAAAACAAUAAAUCAGUUGGCUACUAUAGAAUAAAUACUAAAGAAUUAAACUGUAGUGUGGGUUAGAUAAGGAAAGAAAUAGUGUGUUUGGUGCAAAAAAAAUAUAGCGAAAGCUCCAGCUUACAAUCAACAGCUAUGCCUGUGUGCAGUGGCUAUUCUUUCUCUUGAAUAAGGAGAGUGGUACACUGAAUGGGAUGUCUGACACUAUAAAAUUCUAAUAUCUCUGUCCUCACUUACUAUAUUAAACUCUAUAGUGUUUCAGUGCUAUUAAAACGGGUACUACACUGACUGCCAUCAAAGUC